UGAAACGGAGCGGCGCUGCUUCCCACGGAGCUCCGAAGUGGGGCGGGAGAGAGGGAAAAAAAAGCGAAGCUGGCUUCUCCCGAGGCAGGAACUUUUUGGCUUAGCGUCGGCGCCAUGCUAUGGAGAACCGCGGCUCGGCAGUCCUGAGUUUGGGGCAACUUUUUGCUCCCUUCGGGGAGCACCAGCCUAACGCAGAAGCUGCUUUAGCCCCAGCAUGGCGAGAAGACGCCGAGGAGGAGGAGGAGGAGGAGGAGGCGACGGCAGCAGCGGAGGAGAACCAGCAGCAACCGCGGGACUGCACCGCGGCAGCCGCCCGGGAGAAAGACGAGGAGGCUCUGCUGGAGAGGCGCCGUCGCCACGGCCGCUCCUUCUCGCUGCCGGACAGCCCUUCUUUGGCAGCGGCGCGGUUCUUGCAGAGGCGGCGGCUGCCGGGCGAGAGCGACGGGAGCGAGGAUGACGAGGAGGACGGGGCCGCUUCGCCGACGGGGGGCCUCCGCGGCUGCUGCACCAAGUGCAAGAAGCGGGUGCAGUUUGCCGAUUCCCUGGGCUUGUGCUUGGCCAGCGUGAAGCAUUACAGCGCGGCCGAGGAGCCGCAGGUGCCCCACGCCGUGCUUUCCCGCUUGCAGAGCUUCCCCAUGAGGCACAGGGACUUCGAGGACUUCACCGCCGCCUUGGCCGAGUUGGGGAGUUGCGCGUCGGCGUCGUCUUUUCCUCGGCCUCCGCCUCAGGUCCCGCUCCAGCUCGCGCCCCCGUUGGAUGGGGCGGACAAGCAAAACGGCGCCGAGCGGCUGCAGCGGGACCGCGUCUGCCUGGAGGAGGUGACGGGAGCGGCGCUGGCCGGGGCGCCCACGGACGUGCGCGGUGUGGUGAGGGUGCUGAGUUGUCCCGGCUCCAAGGAGGUGACGGUGCGCUACACCUUCAACGAAUGGCUCUCUUUCCUGGACGUUCCGGCUCUGCCGCUCCCGGAUGGGGACCCUUCGGAUGGCUCUGCUCCGGUCGAGCGUUACCAGUUCUCGCUCUGCCUUCCUCCUGGUUUGCCAGACGGGACGGCCGUGCACUUCGCCAUCUGUUAUCGAAGCCAGCAAGGGGAGCAUUGGGACAACAACGGCGGGGCCAACUACACCCUCCGCGAUUGCAGCUCGGAGAAGUCAGCGACUCCCCUGUGAUGAGACUCGGGAGGCCGGGUUGCCAGCCCGGCUUUUGCGAGAGCCUGAAAUUGCUCCAGAAACCAGCCUAAUUUGCCUUGCGUUAUUACAAUCUUCCGGAGUCCUGCAGCACAAGCAUCCUAAGGGCUGAACCUAUUAUCCACGACUUGCCUUUCUGCCCCUUUCUUCCUUCUAGCGGUCCAAACUUGCGAGAGAGCCCAGCCAAUACCUUCGCGCUUCAGUCGUCGUGCCGCCAGCCUGGGAAGCCUUGCGGGCUUCGAAUUGGAUCGAAGAGGCAGCCGAAUGGGAGAAUCGUGGUCCGGCUUAGGAGAGAGAGAAGCCAGCAUUUGCGUUGUUAACAAGAAUCCUGAAUGUUUCUGGCACUUUUGACCAGGAAAAUGAGAAUGCUAUAAGACCCACUGGAUAGCAGUUCUAGUGAAGUCUCUCUUUCGUGGUAUGGGUAUCUGAGUUGGGGCUAUGUCCACUUUUGGGUAUGAAAAAGAGAAUGAACUACAGUAGGAUUGGAACUUUGUCCCCUUUAAAGCCAUCUUUAUUGAUUUGAGCUGCUUUUUCCUGUUUUAGGCAGUGACUUCUACAAGGCCUAGAAGAAUGCUGCCCAAAUUCAGAACACUUCUCUGGGAAUUGGAUAACCAGAGCAAAAAAUGUUUGAAUAGGGUUUUCCCUUGCCUAUUGUGCCUUAGAACAAAGCUUCUUUAUAAUUGCAGCUAUGAAAUUAUGUUAUUUUUGCAAUAUAUCAGUCUAUAAUGGAUGACUACUCUCAUUAAGCUGUAAGUGAUAUGUAUGUUGGAAACUACUUGCUUAAAAGAUUACUUACACUUCUUAGCAGGAAUUGAUCAGCUCUUGAAGAAAUGGUGCAUGGUUUGCAUUGAAAAUUUUAAUGUCUGCUCCAUUAUCCAAGGGAAUCACAUGGCUUAAGAACAAUUCCCAUGCUACUUGGAGAUCCAUAUAAGCUGUGAACUAAGUAUGUAUGUGAGAAUUCAAAUCUGAAUGACUAUUAGUAGGCUGACUUUAGAGGAUGAGGAUGAGGCCUAGAGGAUGACCAAAGGAAAAGGAGGUGCAACAGUAGAAGUUUUCUGUCUAGAUGCAACUUGCAUCCCCCCUACCCUCAUUGAAAUUUAAUAAUGUAUGUAUAAAAGAGAAGUACAGGAUAGUUACCCCUUUGGGCCUUUGGCUAUUCUAUCAGUUAGCUAUGAGCAGUGAGCAGUGCAAAUACAAUUAAAAUGAUUUUCUGCUUCAUGACUACUACAUUCUUUAAAAUGCAGAUUCCGUAUCUCCAAAUCAUGUCAUGUUGAAUUUUGAAAACUUACCUGAUAGUAAUAGAUGGAAUGCACAACACUGAAUUGUAAUUUUGAAGGAACAGUUCAGUAAACUCUUGAUUAGUUGAAUAGUUUCUUCCAGAUCUUAACUAAGUGAUCUAAAAUUAACCUGUUCAGCAAUCAGGUUGAAUUAAGAUCUCCUUAAUGUAAUUCCCUUCAUAUGUAACUGCAGAGUUGAUUAGGUGAUGGGUGGCUAUAUAAAUGUUAUAAAUAAAAUAAUAAAUACAUUAAAAUAUUUGCCUUUCAAGGACAAAA